AUGGCUUCUAGCAAUCACCACGCACGCCCGAGCCUCUCUAUGUCCUACUCUCAAGGUAGCAUCGGGUCGGCUAAUGGCAUGUCGUUUUCGCAAUCUCAACUGGGCUCUUUCAACGCCUCCCAGUCCGUCGCUUCGACGCCUCGCGCUACUCCCCCUCCAAAGAACUCGCAGCAGUCCGCCAUGUCGUUUACUUAUUCAAACAGCCUUCCUAAUGGGCUCCCCAACGGUCUCCCAAACGGCACGAGGGCUAGCUUUAACGGGUUUGAGGACAUGAACGGAUAUGGAACAAUGGUUUAUCACGAAGAAUUUAAGCCUCAGAUCUACCGGGCUGUUUACUCCAAUGUUUCCGUUUAUGAGAUGGAAGUCAAUGGAGUUGCUGUGAUGAAGCGCCGAUCCGAUUCAUGGUUAAACGCAACCCAGAUCCUCAAGGUUGCCGGUGUCGUCAAAGCGCGAAGGACUAAAACCCUAGAAAAAGAAAUCGCGGCAGGUGAACAUGAAAAGGUCCAGGGAGGUUAUGGAAAAUAUCAAGGAACGUGGGUGAAUUACCAAAGAGGAGUGGAACUAUGCCGCGAGUACCAUGUUGAAGAGUUGCUGAGGCCCCUUUUGGAAUAUGAUAUGAACCCCAACGGCACUGGCGCCCCGGGUCAAGACUCUUUGGAAACACCAACAAAGGAGCAGGCAAUGGCGGCGCAGAGGAAGCGACUCUAUAGUGGCAUGGAAAACCGGAACAUGUCGCAACCUCAACAGGGCACCUUCUUUCAGAACAUUUCUCGCACCGCUGCUACCGCAGUCAAUGCUAUGAGCAAAGCGCGGUUCGAUUCUCCGGUUGCGAGGGGCGGCGACAGCAGACGAUCAAGUGUCAUACGAAAGUCGUCGCAACAGAUAGGCAGUCAAGAAGCACCUCCCCCGUUCGGUAGCCAACAGAGUAUGUACAGCGUUGCUUCUGAUAGCGGAUUUGCGAGCAACGUUCCGAGCAAUGGCCGGUAUGCACAGCCAGAUGCGAUGAGUUUUGAACACGAGGAAUCGAUGGAACCGCCUCGCAAGCGCAUUCGAUCUUCGCAGCCAUUCAGUGCUCCCUACGAAUCUGCGUCUAUGUCGAUGAAUGAGCCUACCCCCACCGAGCCAAACGAUUCCUUCUACCAGGACUUAGAGCCCAUCAACCCGGUAGUUGAUGUCAUCAGCCAUGGAAACGAGCCUCUGCCGCCAGCGACAACCCCCGAAAGAUUCCAGAAAAUGAAGUUAAUCAUGACACUAUUUCUGGAUAAAACCACGAGGGACUUUUCCACUCAUCCGGCGUUGAUUCAACUUUCAGGUGCAGACUUGGAAGUCCCGCUAGACGAGUACCGGAACAAUGCUUUGCACUGGGCGGCAAUGCUCGCCCGUAUGCCGCUUGUCAACGCGCUGAUACAAAAAGGUGUCAGCAUAUUCCGUUUGAACGGGGCAGGGGAAUCAGCGCUGCAAAAGGCUGUUGGCACGCGGAACAAUCUUGACUAUAGGAGCUUUCCGCGAUUGUUGCAGGUUUUGGCCCCGACGAUUGACAUGGUUGAUCAUAGCGGGCGCACGAUUUUGCAUCAUAUAGCAGUGAUGGCAGCCACUGGACAUGGCGGUCAUGUAUCUGCUAAACACUACCUGGAAGCGUUGCUCGAGUUUAUAGUCCGUCACGGCGGUACGUCUGUCUCGCAAGCGCCAAACGGUGCUGCGAACCAACCAGGAACCCCUACCAAUGAAGUAAUCACAUUGGGCCGCUUUAUCUCGGAAAUCGUCAACCUCCGAGAUGACCAAGGCGAUACCGCUCUAAAUUUGGCUGGCCGAGCUCGCUCCGUCCUCGUCCCACAGCUACUCGAAGUCGGUGCAGAUCCACAUAUUCCUAACCAUACUGGUCUACGCCCGGCCGACUAUGGUGUUGGCGUGGAUAUGGUAGAUGGCGGUACCCAGCAAGCCGGUGGUCGAAACGACACCUUCGCCGAUCAAUUGGCGAAGACGAGAAAGGAGGUCAUGGACUCAACGAUGGCGCAAGUAACGGCUAUUAUCCAGGAAGCCUUUGGCACCUUCGACAAGGACCUCGCUUCCAACUUGACGACGAAGCAAGAGAAAUUUGAUCAUUGGCACGCGAAGAUUCGAGAGUCGGCAAAAGCUCGUCAAAUCGAACAGAAACAACUAGAUGAGCUGAAGCGCAGAUCUAUUGAACGGACGGAAACUGGUCGACGGUUGAAGAAUCUGGAGAAGUCCUCGGCUGACCUGCUUGCGACCCUGAAAGACACACGAGAGGACGGCGCUGCGUCUCAAACGGCCUCAGUUGGUGAUGCUGAUAAGGAUUCAGGAGUUGAAGUCGCUGAGUUCGAGGCGCUCUUUCCAGAGAACUUCGAUCCGGUAUCUGGUUUCUCUCAAGCACAAGCUGCGUACCUCCGCAGUUUGCCAUCUCCAGAGAUUUUGCAACAACGGAUUGAUUGCUAUCGAGCAUUCAAUAGAGAGAUUCUAGACGAAGUUGAGUCUCUCAAAUCUAAGAACGUAGUUCUCGGCCAGAACUACCGACGCAUGGUUAUGGCUUGUACAGGAUGGUCGGCUGAGCAGGUCGAUGAAGCCGCAGAAGGGUUAACUCAGUGUGUCAAGGAGCUGAAUGACAACCCAGUUCCGGAGGAUGAAGCCAUUGAAAUUCUCAUGCGAGACCGCGGUCAGGACUGGUGA